GAAGCGCCCAAUUUACAACAUUGAGUCCUAUCACAACACAGUCAAAUGCUUAACUUUCGGCCGCCGGAAUCUGCAAUGCACCUAUACGCUGAGCGACCCUUGCUCGGCAUACAAUUCUAAUUCUAAAUGAUGAUACAGCAGUCUAGAAUUGAUUAUACGCACAUGAAUACUAUUCAACGCCGCAGUUCUUCUUGCCCUACUAUCUUCGGUGUCCACGCAUCAACGAACGCUACGCCAUAAUUUCUCCAAGUUUCUCCCAUCGCGCAACAUGAUAUCACCCCGGACAGCUGAACAUAUGAUGCGAGAAUAUCCAGAGACGAGCGUGUACGAAUGGCAGCCCCUCCUGCAGAACUUGAUUCCAGACGAUAGUCGGGCUGGCGAAGGUGCUCUGGAUACACCUGAGUUUCGACGUGCAGCCUUCAAUCGGGCAUGCAAAAUCGGCAUAAAUCCGUUAGGGUACUGGUUGGGUUUGAACCCAAUGUACAUCACGGAGAGUAGCAAGACCGAAGAUAUACCCUGGCGAGCUUACGAAGUGCCACCUCCUCUUCCAAGAGUCGAGUUGGAGGAUCCAGUGUUUCUGGAAAACAUCAAUCCUUAUGGCAACACACCUCUAUUCAAGAUACGCAACGGAGAUAUCUGUAGAGUUCUGAAAGUGUUCGUCUCGAAGACUUCACCCGAAUGGUGGAAUGGAAAUACGUCGACAUUCGACCCCCAACUGUCUUUGCGGCUCUACCGUGCGGAGAAGGACGCCUAUGCUCACCUACGCCACUCUGGAGCAUGCGAUGCUGGGGUCGUGCCACAAUGCUUUGGCUGGCUGCAGCUUUCCCGCGAAGUAGCUUCGCAGCUGUCCACACAAUUUAGGUUGUACUGGGAGCUCGCUGACGCUGAUGAGGACCUUCCCUAUGCCCUCCUCUUGGAACACUUUGAGGGUGCUGUCCAGAUUUCUGUACAAAAUGUCACAUUCCCUAUGGCGGAGAAGGCGUUGAGGGCAUUAUAUGUCGUUCACAAAUCUUAUGUGCAGCAUGGUGACAUCAGUCGCCGUAAUAUGCUAUUACUUCCGGAUGGCCGUUUCAUUUGGAUCGACUUUGAUGCCGCCAAAUGUGCCUCAAGCCCGGAGCUGCGCCGUCAACAUCUAUGGGGUGAAAUGCACGAUGCUUGGGGCCUGUUUUAUCAGGGCCUUCUGCCUGGUGCACGUAUUGGCUUUGCCAACCCUCUGUACUAAUUGAUGUACAGUAUUCAUGUUUUUGUGGGCUGUCUACCCAGUUGAAACUCCCGUACGCUUUGUUGAUGUAUCCACCCAUUUUGCACUACCGGUGCAUAGUCUUCACAAGCUGAAUAGCCGGGUUGAGUCGCCAAGUCUACACUCUCAGAUACAGCAAAUAUACUCGGAAAGAGAAUCAGACCGUAUUCCACUUUUCCGUGAACUACGAAAGGUUUCAGUAAUGUGUGUAUGAAGGAGUCUGGAGGAACAUCUCGACAAGAAAUGAGAGUGAUUGAGAUUAGCUAUUGUCGACACCGAACAAAUUUGUAUGUAAUCUAUGAAUCAAAGUUACAUACUGUACUGAUUCUGAAGAGUUGGACGUGCUCUAAUCAUUAUUUAACGCCAUUGUUCCUCAUAAACAUGGUGUUUAAUU